AUGCAGAAAGGACCCCAACUCACCCAUGAGCAGAAGCUGUUUCUACUAAUAGAUGUCACUGAUGCUGAGAUCAAAAAUGGUUUAUGGGCUAUAGGAGAAGACAAAGAUCAUGGGGUAGAUGGCUUUAAUGCAUGUUUUUUCAAAAAUUCCUGGCUUGUUGUCAAAGAUGAUAUCAUACUGGCUGUUAAAACUGGCAGACUCCAAUCAGUCAUUCCCUCAAUCAUAUAUGAGGCCCAGGCUAGUUUUGUUCCAGGCAGGAAAAUAGCUAAUAAUAUUGUAUUAGCUCAUGAACUGGUGAUGGAAGGGAUUGGAUUUCCAACAAAAUUCACUAACUGGAUUAUGGAGUGUGUUAGAACUGUUAACUACUCUGUGGUGGUUAAUAGGAAACCCACAGAACCUUUCGAUGCUGCCAAAGUGAAGGAGUUUAGGUAUCAUCCUAGGUGUGCUAAACUGGGCAUAACACAUCUAAGUUUUGCUGAUGAUUUGUUGUUAUUUGCUAGAGGUGAUGCUGCUUCUGUGGCCUGUAUUCAUGAAUGUUUCAAUCAAUUUUCUGCAGCUUUUGGACUAGAGGCAAAUAUGGAAAAAAGUUCAAUAUACUUUGGUGGGAUUGCUCAGGGGGACAAGGACACUAUACUAAGGCAGCUGGGCUAUGGGCAAGGAGAACUUCCGUUGAGGUACUUAGGGGUACCAUUAACAACAAAAACGUUAUAUGCGAUUCAAUGGCAAGCUUUAAUAGAGAAAAUGGCGGAUAGAAUUUCCUCUUGGACUGCUAAACAACUCUCUUAUGCUGGAAGAAUACAAUUGGUUCAAACAGUGUUGUUGGGAAUCCAAGCUUAUUGGUCCCAAUUAUUUCAAAUCCCCUCUAAGGUGAUGAAAUUAAUAGAGGCUCAUUGUAGAAGUUAUAUAUGGUCUGGUACUAAUUUAAUCACAAAGAGAGCUUUAGUAUCAUGGGACAAAUUAUGCUCUACUAAAUAUGUGGGUGGACUAAAUCUCAUUAACCUGAAACUAUGGAAUAGAGCUGCUCUGACUAAGAGUUUUUGGGAUCUAGCCCAUAAACAAGACAAGAUGUGA